AUCUCAAAUCUCUAUUACCUCACAAAAUUUUUUACACACAUUCAUUCAUUAUUUUUCCUCCAAUUUCUCUCUCAAAUUCUCACCAACCAAACACAAACUUUCCCAUCUAAUUGAUCCAAGAAUGACAAACGACAGAGGUGGCACCGUUGUUAUGGAGCCAACAGGCACUCUAGGCCGACCAAAGCUAGGAUCUCUGUUACAUUCAGAUCCGGCUUUGUUGUCAUCAAACAAAUUCGACGACGACAAUUACAACACCGACAAUAAUCAAAGUCAAAAUAGCAACGAUAAUUUAGAGUACUCACGCCGGCCCAGUUUGUCCUCUGCAGCAACGAGUCCCGGAAACUACGAAAGUACUUCUGGUUCCUCGCCGUACAAUGUCAUGUCUCCCUGGAACCCAUCCUCGCCUAUGAACAAGUCCCCAUGGAUAUCUCCUUCGCCCUUCGCUAAUUUCUUCGAGGGUCUUCCUCGGAUUAACGGUCUCAUAGGCUCGCUCGUACGAGAAGAAGGUCACAUAUAUUCUCUAGCGGUGUCCGGUGAUUUGUUGUACACAGGUUCGGACAGCAAGAACAUACGUGUUUGGAAAAACAUGAAGGAGUUUUCUGGGUUUAAAUCGAACAGUGGGUUAGUGAAAACCAUUGUUAUAUGUGGGGACAGGAUUUUCACUGGUCACCAAGACGGUAAAAUCCGAAUCUGGAAGUUUUCGCAGAAUGGCCCCGUUAGUUUCAAACGUAUUGGAAGCUUGCCCACGUUUAAAGACGUCGUGAAAAGCUCGUGGAACCCGAAAAACUACGUGGAAGUUCGGAGAAACCGCAACGUUGUUUUUAUCAAACACUUCGACGCUGUUUCAUGCAUGAGCUUGAACGAGGAUUUGGGUUUGUUGUACUCAGGCUCGUGGGACAAAACGUUGAAAGUGUGGCGCGUAGCGAAUUCGAAGUGCUUAGAGUCAAUCCCAGCUCACGACGAUGCAGUAAACGCCGUCGUUUCCGGGUUCGAUUCGCUGGUUUUCACAGGCUCUGCAGAUGGGACGGUGAAGAUGUGGAAGAGAGAGUUGCAAGGGAAAGGGACGAAGCAUUUUCUGGUGCAGGUUUUGUUGAAGCAAGAGAACGCGGUUACAUCAUUGGCUGUGACUCAAUCAUCGUUUUCUGGUGGUGCUGACGUGGUGUAUUGUGGUUCGUCUGAUGGGCUUGUGAAUUUCUGGGAGCGUGAAAAGCACUUGUCCCAUGGUGGGGUCCUUAGGGGUCACAAGGUUGCGGUGCUGUGCCUUGCUACGGCGGGGAACCUUUUGUUCAGUGGGUCCGCUGACAAGAAUAUUUGCGUGUGGAGGAGGGAGGCCGGUGGUGCCCAUGUUUGUCUUUCGGUUCUGACGGGUCAUAAUGGACCCGUUAAGUGCUUGACGGUUGAGGAGGAUUGUGAUAAUCAAGAUGAUGGUGAUCAACGGUGGAUAGUGUAUAGUGGGAGCUUGGAUAAGUCGGUGAAAGUGUGGCGCGUGUCAGAACAGGCACCGGAUUUGAAGCAAAUGAGAGCGAGUUUUUCCUAUUCUAAUUCGCCUAACCUAAAUAGGAAAAACAACCAUCAAUUUUAAAAAGAGGGUGAAAGUAAAAAAAUUAAAAAUUAAAAAGGUUAUAACAGUGAUGAUCUGUACAGUUACAAUAACUUUACAAGAAAAAAGAUGAGGAGCAUAGGAGAUGUGAGUGGUUUGGGGGGCACUUGAUAAUUUCCUCACAAGAUGAUGAUUGAGUAAGCAAUUGGUUGGUCAUGUAAUGUAAUGAGAUUUUGCCACUUGAAAUGAGCUGGUGAGAAAGGUGAAGAUUCUUUGCAACUUUGUGGCUACAAGAUUUGCCUUGCGAGAUUGGUUGUCUACUUGUCCACAUGUCUCGUGUUAUAUAUUGUACAGAGAAUUUUGAUCCAAAGAAUAUGCACUUCAAAUUAAAUGAUAAACCAAUGUAUAGAAAGGUGUUUUUAUCAGCAUUUUAUGCCUUUUUGCUUUUGGUCUUUAUGUGUUUUAAGGUUUCUAAGAGAGGAUUGAAUUCUGGUUUUUAAUAAGAGCUGUAAAUAUUAUUGUUUAUGUAUUUUCUUCCGGGACUGUA